GGCGUGGCACGAUGACUGUGAAGAAGCAACGUCGCAACGUGACGACGACCACGACGACAGUAAUGAUGGUAUUUGUUGUUCAUCAGCUCAAGUGCUCGCAAUGAGUAAGCAGUUACGGCAAGCUGGUAGUUUACUUGAAAGGUGUCCAUCAUGUUAUGAUAAUUUUCAAAAAUUAUGGUGUGAAUUCACGUGCUCACAUCGUCAACAUGCAUUUAUUGAGAUUCUACAAGAGCUUGACGUACCCGAAGCCAAUAUAUCAUAUGUUAAUAAAGUACGGUAUAAUGUUAGCAAAGAAUUCACGGAUGCAUUAUACAACUCAUGUAAAGAUGUAAGUUUUACUACUUGUGCCACAAAAGCGAUUCGAUUGAUGUGUGGCAGUUUAAAGAAAAAUGAGGAAUGUACCAUUGAUAAUUGGCUGAAAUUUAUGGGAACUCAAAAUCAUCGUAUCGGUAUACCUCUUGGAAUCGAUUUCAACAUUAUCGAUCCAAUAGUAAGCGUUUUCCUUCAGUCAAUCCUUUUUCUUUUUGUCGUUCAACAUGCAUGGUUCGCGUUUCUGUUUGGCUCCUUCAUUGCGGUUAUUUCUAUAUCUGGAAAUGUCUUCCUAAAGUUCACAAAUGAUCCCUUAGAAAUGUGGACUUCAGCACAUAGUUUAGCCCGUCAGGAGAAACGGGUUUUCGACCAAAGUUUCGGGUCAGUAUUUAUCGCAUUUGUUAUUUUGUCUCGAAUUCUUGGAAUCUCAGCUACGAUGCCAGAUGGCAGGCAUGUCACGCUUGAUGACGUUUGCUUUCGACCCAUGGGUCAUGACUAUGACUGCCUUAUUUAUAGCCCCACAAAUUAUUUCCAGGUGAACCACCCAGAUAACAAAGUUUCUAUGCGGUUCAUCUUCAGAAACCCUUACAACAUCGAGACAUCGACAAAAAUGAGCUGCCUGGGCACGUACGGUGGUCCAAUCAAUCCGGAGAUUGUUUUCGGAGGUGCAUCGGAGAAUUCUAUGGUUACUUUGUUGGUAUUGGCUUUGAAAGGUGAUUGUCUUGAUACAUUUUUUUCGUUUCAGGAUGAAAUUGAAAGAGAGAAUUCAUCGGACGUGUAUACAGUUCUGAUCAGUUGUAUACUAAUGAUCGGCUAUGUAGCGUUUGCUCUUGGGCAAUACAUUGUAACAGACAACAACUUACUCUCAUUACUGGUACAUUCGAAAAUCAUCGCUGGUAUUGCGGGUGUUGGGAUCAUCUUGUGCAGUGCAGCAAGUUCGAUUGGCGUGUUUUCACUCUACGGAAUCGGAACAUCGAAGGCUGCCCUCGUAGUACUUGUGUUCGUAGUUUUGGCUGUAGGAGUAAACAGAACAUUCAUCAUCGUGCAGACAUACCAGGUUUCUUACGUUGCGGACCAGUCAGUUGAAGAUCGAAUCGCUCGAGUCUGCGGUCAAGUUAUGCCUUCAAUGCUUUUAAGCACGCUCACGGAAAGCUUAUGCUUCUUCGUUGGUAAGUACUGCAUUGUUCUAUUUUUUAUCGAAUAUUACUUGUUUUUAUCUAUUGUACUUUGUAUAGGUGCCAUCUCUGAUAUGCCGGCAGUACGUGGCUUUUCCCUGUUUGCUGGUCUCGCCGUGAUAUUCGACUUUAUCUUUCAGCAUACGAUAUUUUUAGCUAUUUUUGUAUGGGAUUGCAAGCGUGAAGAGGAAGGAAAGCCGGAGCUCAUGUAUCAUCGUAAACUUGACACAGAACGGGUUGAAAGUGAAGGGUAUAUCUAUGAAGUGAUGCAAAAGUACGCCGCUCCUCAACUAAUGCGGAAAUGGAUGCGCAUGACACUGGUUGUGUUUAUUCUAUGGUUCUGCUGCUCUUUAUGUAUUUUUCCAUUUUUGAAUCCAGGCUUUGACCAGAAAGUUGCUGUACCAGAGGAUUCGUACGUGUAUCUCCAUUUCAAAAACCUCGAUCGUCUCAUGAAUGUUGGCCCUCCAGUGUAUUUUGUCGUGGAAGGAGAACUCGAUAUGCACACAAAGCAAAUUCAGGACAAAUUUUGUACGAUUGGUGGUUGCUCAGAAAAUUCAGUUGGUGCUAUUCUUAACGAAGCUGCUGCUCAUUCAGACAGAACUUUCAUCAAAGGAAAUGUUCUCAAUUGGGUGGACAACAUGAUUCAAUGGCUAAACAAAGAAAAUGAUUGCUGUAAAGUGUACAAUUACGACAAGAAUGUGUUCUGUCCGAGUAGUAGAAAAGAUUGUAAGUUUAUCGACGCAAAUUUCUGUAUCUUUGCUUAUAAUUGCUCGUCGUGUGAUCCCAAUCAGCGAAAUGGUCGCCCAACCGAAGAACCCUUCUAUAAGCAUUUGAAAGACUUCAUGGAUGACGUGCCGAAUGCAAACUGCAUUGUUGCGGGUCGAGCCGCUUUCAAGGAUGCAAUUCUUCUGAAUCCUCGAGGCCAUGUGCAAGCAUCUCAUUUCAUGACGUACCAUACUCCGCUACGCACAUCUCGCGAGUUUACGUUGGCUAUGGAAGGUGCCAGAAAAGUAGCUCGUAAGAUCGAGCAGUCUUUCGACGGCCAAGUGCACGUGUUCCCCUACAGCGUGUUUUACGUGUUCUAUGAGCAAUACUCGACGAUUAUCUAUGACGCCAGUACUCAGAUUACUUUGUCAUUAGCGGUUGUCUAUGCAGUAACAUGUGUCCUUCUUGGUCUCGAUCCUGUCAGCGCCUUUAUCACUGGUAAGAACUUUUCAUUCCACUUUCGAUUCACUUUCAACUUUUCAUUCUUGGACUGA